UUUUGUUCCUGGGCGGUCAAAAAAAGUCACACGACACGCGACACGCCCUUACGCCUCUGAACUCUCCGUGUAACUCAAUCACAGCAAAGUGUAUUAUUAUCUACCCAUCGCAUAGCCUGUAGGCCGUCCGUACAGGGUACUACUGGCGCUGCGCAGCCUUUUCUUCGACAAAAGCCGAGAUAAAUGCAACGAUUCACCAUCAGGCUCUGGCCAUGCUGAGGGGCCAAGUCGACCAACCAUGGGGAUGUUAUUAAACCGACCCUUCUUUAUUAUUAUUAUUAUUGUUGUUGUUGUUGUUGUACUCCGUAGAGUGGAUCGCACGAAGGUACCCCGUAUUGAGCCUUGACGGAUGUGUUCCUGAAAUCUCACAAGAAAGUCGAUGGAAAAUAAGCCCAUCAGCAAACCCACUUCCUAAAAGAAGAAGUGGCUGGAGCCACUCGGCACGGAGCAGGGGUCUUUGACUAACUACCUAAGUUACUGGGAGGACAGGAUGUUCGAAAGUCCAACCAAAGUCGAGCGGACAUUCUUGCCUUGUGAUGUUGUAAGGCUUGCACAGUACAUGUACCAGCGGAUGUCUGUCAGCUCCAGAUAUGUUGGACAUUGCUGCAAGAAUAAUAAUAAUAAUUAUUUUUAUUCAAAUCUCACAGACGAAUGUGAGUGAGCCCUGGGUUUGGAGGUUCUAGGCGGAGGCGGCAAGCUAAGCUGGAGAUGGUUUGGUGUCGCGGAUGGCUCUAAGAAAGGAUCCGUGGCGUGGAUCCGUCCUGUCGCUUUCUCGCAUACUCGCAUAUGCAUGAACGGGUCGAUGCAGCUGAAACGGGGCAGGCCAUCCACAAAAGAGCUCGGAUUUUGCUGGUUCUUCAAGUCUUGGGCCAAUUCAGAAGAGGCUAAAAAUCUGUACCACGUCGGGAAGCAAGGGCGGCGGUUGGGAUGCGCUGGUGGUGGGGUCACUAGAGGCGCCAGGAAUCUUGGACUUGGGGAACUUGGGGGGGGUUGGGCGCGAGGUUUUAGAACUUAGCAGAAGCUCGGAUAACUAGGCCUACCCUAACUACCCUACCAACAAAAGUUUUAAAAAAAAUCACGCAGCUCUUGCAAUCCCAGUCGUUGUCAGUCAGGCAACUGUAGGCUGGGGAUGGUAUACCAGUCCAGCCCAAAGGAGUUAACAAAUAUCCAAAAUUGGCGCCGGCGGUUUAUUCCCUAGCCAGUGUCAAUGUGCUCAAGGCCAGGAUCGCUUUGACCAUUUUUUUUUUUCAAAUCCAAGCAGGCAAGUUGAUCGCCAACAUUAAAGAACAAGAAAUAAUAAGGAAUAAAAAUCUCGAGUGAUUAAUUUGCUCCGUUGGGGUUACGAUGAAUAGUUGACGAGGCUGCGGAAGAUAUUCUGCGAACUAUCCCACCGUGGACAGCUAUUGUCACUGCUGUAAGAUAUUGAGUCUGUGACCGCAAUCAAUAUCUGACAGGCCCACCGUACAACUAGAGUUUUGAACAGUUGAAGAAAGGGGGAAGAAUUCAGCUUCUUCUCAUCAGAUGAUGGACAUGCUUGAAAACCCAAAGCCACAAAAUGCCCCUGCAAGUCGCACGAAACAAAAUUUGCCAAAUUUAGAUGGGAAAAUCACGGCACUUCCUUGGGGGGUUGAUACAAAAAAAAAAAAAAAAAAAGCCAGUUGGUGGAGUCUGGCAGCCGAGGGUAUCUGAUCGCUGUGGUCAAUAAUCCAGGCUAAGGAGAUCCCUGGCAGCGUUCCCUACCAACGUACCAAGUGACGACGCAUGGAUGGUGUGCGGCUUUCAAGGAUAGUCUGAUGGUCAGCGUGUCACAUACGUGGUCGCUGCCACCGCCAGUCAAUCAAGACCAGGUGCUGCGAUUGACAAGCCCAGCUUCCGGACUAUCCCAAUUCAGUAGCCUGUUCGCUGGCGAUCAACGAAGCCAAAAAUUAUCCAUCGCCCUCUGCUCCUUUGUUCUUGACCUGUUGCUCCCAUGAUUGGAGGCAGCGUUAUCUUCGCUUUCAAAGCCUACCCUCUGAUCCGGCCCGCCUAACCCAUGAACCGCUGAUUUCCCUCACUCACUUCACCCUUUGUUGCUGUGAUUCGUUGUCGGCUUGCGAUUCUCCCACCAGCCGCCAAAUGGUGCGGCUCCAGGCUGUCUAGACCCUCUUUAGUGUGCUGUUGUGGUUAUUCCCCCUUGCCCAAUGAAUGAUUAUUGACUUGUCUGUUCCUUUUCGACUGUGUGAGUUGGAUAUCAAAAAUGACAACCAUUGGGACUUGUCUUCAUGGGAAUGAAUUUCGCACCUUUUUUCUCUUCUUUCAGAGCCCUUAGAUCUUCUACUUUCAUCGAUUUCCUCUCUCUGCUGGUGCCAAUAUUACAUUGUGCGAACAUUCCAGCCGAGCCAAACGCCCAAUCCAGCAACUGCAAAUCAUUGUUCAUAAUACGAUCGGACUGGACGUUUGAACCCUGAUCCCUGUCUCAGAGGAAGCUCUUGUUCAUUGACUUCACGGCCUGCUUUUCUCGCUGAUUUCAUGGACUCCGGGAUUUGCUCUUGCAAUCAGGAUGAAGGUCAGCGUCAAUUUUCCCCGCUAAAGUCCGCCGCCUAUCUGGUGAAUACUGCUGUCAACGAGACACAACAACAACAAGCCCUGCCUGCGUGUUCGCAGAGUGGAGUCUUUUGUCCCUUGCGUAAGGGAGCCCCGGGAAGCCACCGGGUCCGUCCCUGCAAAUCUCACAAUUCAGUAUUUCGAACCGUGAAGGGUCAGCGUUCCGUUCGAAUGAUAUUUCCCGUUCAAUGCUACGACAAGGGUUUUCCUUCCUUCUUCCAAGACGGGAAUCAAUCAGACAGUGGGAUGAACCGUUUUAACCAAUUCAUGUCGAGUUUACAGGCUGUAGAUGUGCGAAUGUAUCGUCCAUGGCUGUAACGAAUACAGGCAAACAGACACUAGUAAAUUAACGGUGUAUUUCUCGCAAACUGUACUCCGUAUACCCGCGUACUUUUUCGUUAUUUUGGUACCGCGUAUUUUGUAUAGCUCCACUCUCAUACAAGUAUAUAAUGAAGUCCACAGCAUCCCCAUACAGAUUACUCCAUACAUCCAGUAGAGAUUAUAUCGGGGUUGUUGGCACUGGGUAUAACAGGGUGGUGUCUCUCGUUGAUAUGCGGCGAGAGCGGCCGCUGUCUCUUGUCGAUAGGAUCAUCAAUAACCUCCUCCUCUUUGGACCUCGACCAUGAAUCGAUGAGAUACGCUGGGCGCUGAUGAUUGCUGACAGGUCAAGAGAAAAAUAAGACCUAUUGAAUGCGGAGCCCUGGAAACGCCAGGAUACAAGAGCCUUCAUAUGGAGGGGUAAUCAGCGGGGGUUGAAAUGAUGACAGCAGCGAGCUUCCGAUCUUUUAUUAUUAUUAUUUCCUGAACUAUUGACAGGGACCGUCAUCGCCAAUCCAUCGCUGCAAUGCCAUACCAGACAAAGCAACAUCCCGACCCUCGAUUGCAUUAUUUUCCAUAAUCAUAAGUUCCCCCCCCGCCGUGUCAGCUCCGUUAGUCCCGUAGCUUAAUUGACAUUACUUUCCAGAAUUGGAUAUUAACUUGAAUGCUACCGAGGCUAGGCAUACAAGGCGCGUGCAAAACAUACCGAAACCGACUAUGGUCUUGACCACAUGGAGACGGCUAAUAUGUGCAGUUGAUCACUCGUAUCCCGAGAUAGAUAUUUCCUUCCCACAUGCAAAAACUCCUCCAGAUUCCUCCGGCUUCCAGCUGAAAUCAAAGCUUGAGAGUUCCCCGAAGUGGCAAAUUGGACAGGAUGUACAUUGUACAUACAUACAUACGGCAGAAUCAAAUUCGAGCGUACUAGAAGAACCCACAAAUAUCUGCGUUAUGCAUGCGCAAAAUGCGGCCAUCACUUUGAAGCCUGAAGAACCCCCACCACGCAUCCUGCCCACAUACCCGAAGAGCGUUUCAGUCCAAAGCCACCGCCAAAACUAUGCAAUCUUCCUUCCCCCCUUGCCUUGCAGUAACGAGGUUCUUAGCCCGCUUCCCCGACGUUGUCACCAGCAGGGAACGAAAUGGAGCCGCCACCCUUAUGCACUGUACCGAACAACCGACAAUAAAAAACGUAAGAACGGGGAUUUAUCUUACAUAACCAAGCUAGAUAACUUAGAUGAGGCUAGCAUGGUUGGUUAACUACCGUAUAUUAGCAGUAUUUGAUUGUAUGUCUGUUGCGCGGGGUAUAUAACGACGUCCAUCUGCUUUUUCCCGCUCGCCACAUGAACGAGGCGGGGAUGCAGCAAUAUCCCCUCAUAAAAAAACGUGGAUGACUGCUUGCCGUAUCUAUCACAACCUAUAGUUGUGAAGUAGAAUGUCCAUUGCCCUCCUCUACGUUGCAUUAGCACUACCUACCGACCUCAUGGUCUACCCCGCUGAUAUCGUCUUCGCCCUGUAUCGGAAACAUGCAGGGGAAUACUAAUGGACUUAUCCUUGUUUCCUCUCAUCGUGAUGUAUAUAUACCACGAGUAUACUUAUAUAAUUGUUUAUUAGUUAAUGAAAGAACUAUUAAGAGAGUAAAAGAGAGAAACUCUCUAAGAUGCUGUUUUUAGAUUGUUCUCAUUUAAUUUAACCUAACUCAGGUUUCAUAACUUGACAGGUAUUAAUUAUGAUACUUCUUUACCUAGAUGAGCUUCUGAGAAACACACUUUUAUCUCACUGAAGAAAGUUCAUUUAUCUCUUCUUCAGUUAUCACAUGUUGAAUGAUACAGUACAUUAAAAAAUUCAAGAAAAAAGCAAUACAUUUUUUAUCUCUGCCAUGGCUGAAUACAUGCUCUACAAAGCAAGAAAUGAGAAGUAUCUUCAGAACAGAACAAUGAAACACUAGCAAUAUGA